AUGCCGCAGUCGCAUUCGUUCAAGUACGACCCGGAGUUCCUGCAAGCGGCAGGCCCGGUGCUAGCCACAUUUGCACAGCGACCCAAGCCCAGCUUGCACGAUGUUGAGACGCAUCGCGUCAACCUCGACACGGCGCUUCGUGCAGCGGGUGAGGCUGGACCCAAGUAUCCAGUCGAAACAACGACGCACGCAAUCACAACUCGCGACGGUGCAACCAUCAAUGUCAUUCAAGUGGCUCCAAAGCAGCGAAGAGACAACGGCCCUGCCGUGCUACAUGCCCAUGGCGGUGGCAUGAUGUCUGGCACUGCCGACGCAUGGGUCGCAUCAGGUAUUCUUCCGGGCCUGGCCGCGGCAAGCGGUGUCGAUAUCUUCAGUGUCGAGUAUCGUCCUGCGCCAGAGCAUCAGCUCGAUGGGCUCGUCAACGACUGCUACGAUGCAUUGGAGUGGCUCUCAUCGAAUGCAGCCUCGCUUGGAAUCGACAGCAAUAGAAUCGGUGUAUUCGGCGAGUCGGCUGGAGGAGGCAUAGUAGCCGGAGUAGCUCUCCAAGCUCGUGACAAGGCUUUGUCUCCACCUUUGCGGAAACAGAUCCUCAUCUAUCCCAUGCUCGAUGACCGCAACCUGACGCCCGAUGAGCGUCUUUCGCCUACUGCCAUCUGGAGUUACGAGAAUAACUUGACAGGCUGGUCUGCUCUGCUGGGGAAAGACAUUGCGGGUACGGACAAAGUCAAUGAACUUGUCAAGUAUGCCGUCCCGGCCCGUGUGCAGGACCUUUCAGGUUUGCCAGAUACCUACAUUGAUAUUGGACAGCUCGACAUCUUCAUCGAGGAGACCCUCGAAUAUGUUGGCAGACUUCACAAGGCUGGCGUGCAGGUAGAAUUAAACGUGUACAAGGGCUUUCCUCAUGCGUGGGAGCUCGUCGGUGCCCAAAACACUUCGGUUGGCAAGAGAAUCAUAUCCGAACGGAUCCUCGCUCUCCAAAGCUUUUAG